AUGUAUAAGGAGUUUAUGGCAGAAUACGAGUCACUGAAUCACAUGACUGAGCGCAAAGAGUCUAGAUUAGAGCAGAAGGCAUACCACAUACCUCAUCAUGGUAUUUUAAGGGAGAGUAGUACGACUACACGGUUGAGAGUAGUUUUCAAUGCUAGCGCUCCCACUAGCUCUGGGGUAUCUCUGAAUAAUAUUCAGAUGGUAGGGCCCACUGUACAGGACGAUCUUUUGUCUAUACUGCUUCGAUUCAGACAACACAAGUACAUUAUCUCAGGGGAUGUAGAGAAAAUGUAUAGGCAAAUAGUAAUUCAUCCUGAUGACAGGUAUUUGCAGCGGAUUCUGUGGCGGGAUGAUCCAUCUAAACCUUUGAAGAUCUUUGAGUUGAACACGGUUACAUACGGGACUGCCAGUGCACCUUUUUUGGCAACACGGUGUAUAAAACAGCUCGGUCUUGAGUGUGAGGAUGAGGUCGUUCGCGAGGUCAUUAUUCACGACUUUUACGUCGAUGAUCUGCUCACUGGCGGGGAUGAUUUGCAACAGGUGCUUUCCAUUAAAAGUAAGGUUACUUCUACCCUAGCUGACGCUGGUAUGAAUUUGAGAAAGUGGAAAUCAAAUGAACCCCAACUUAUGCUUGACUCCGAUUCGUCUCAAUUAGAUUUAAAUAUUGGCACUGAACCCAGUAAAACCUUGGGACUCAGCUGGCAGCCAGGGUCUGACGAAUUGUGUUUCCCGGUUGGUCAAUGCUCGCUUAUCGGCGACACUAAACGGGAUUUGCUAUCAAUAGUGGCGCAAAUAUUCGACCCCACUGGUGUGCUAGCUCCUUGUGUCAUUCUCAUGAAGAUGUUGUUACAAACUUUAUGGCGACAGAAACUUUCAUGGGAUCAGAAGUUAACUCCUGAGAUCAGCAAGCUUUGGGAGGAUAUUGCCCACGACUUACCGUGUCUCAAUGAUAUUCGCAUUCCACGGUUAGUGUUAUGUGAGUCAUACGAGGAAGUCGAAUGUCAUAUUUUCACUGAUGCAUCCGAGCGGGCGUAUGGUGCUUGCUUAUAUUUGCGGAGCAUCAAUGGAAAAGGAGACGUGUUGGUUAGGCUACUAUUAGCCAAGAGCCGCGUGGCUCCCAUUAAACCUACGACGAUUCCGAGGCUUGAACUUUCCGGUGCAUUAGCUGGAGUUAGAUUGUAUGAAAAGAAGACGCUUGGGCCGUGGGGACAAGGCGCGCACAGCGUAUAUAAGGAGCUGGCCAAGCGCCUUAUAGACGCAACGGGUGACCGGAAGGCUGGAGCUUACCUCGCCCAACGCAUCGGCGUUGCCGUACAGCGUGGUAACGCCGCCAGCCUUCUGGGCACCCUACCGGAGGGCACGGACCUGGGGCCAGUAUUUUAUUUGUAG